CAGGUUUCGUAUCAAUUCAUAAGUCUCCCUCUUUCUCUCUGUGUUUUGUUUUCAAAUUCUCUUUCUCAGUUUGAUUUUAAUUUUGAUUGCAGAAAUCGUCAAAGUUAGUAACUUUGUGUCUGAUCUUUGUGGAGAUUCACCUCUUUGUGUCCCGAUCAUGGCCGUCGCUGAAAAUGCUGGUAUCAAGGUUGACUCUUCUGCUCAGAACUUAGACAACAACAACAACAACACUGCUUCUUCAGCAGCCGACACAAAGCCGCCUUCAUGUCCUGAUGAUCAGAGCCCUAACUCCGAUUCCUCCUCCCUUGACUCAUCGGAUUCUCCGACUCCAGAUUCCGACGACCGGACCAUUGAGAUUGCCCCAAAGGGUCAGACUCAGACCACUCCAAAUGGUGGAGGGAGUCUCAAGAGUGAGAUCAAAGAUUUGUCUGAUGCGUUCUCUAAGCUCAACCCCAUGGCGAAGGAGUUUGUUCCUCCUUCACUUGCUCGAACUCAAUCUGGGGGUUUCAGAAAUGGAUUCGGGUUUACUAACAAUUUUGCAGAUGGGAGCGAUCAUCUUGCUCGAAGGAGAAGGAGCUUUGGCCAAGGGAAGAGAAGAAUGAACAAAAGAACUAGCUUGGCUCAGAAGGAAGAUGUCAUCAGGAGAACUGUAUAUGUCUCUGAAAUUGAUCAACAGGUUACCGAGGAGAGCCUCGCAGGUGUCUUUGUCAACUGUGGACAGGUUGUUGAUUGCCGUGUUUGCGGUGAUCCAAAGUCUGUCCUCCGUUUUGCAUUUGUUGAAUUCACCAAUGAAGAGGGAGCUAGAGCUGCUUUGAGCAUGUCUGGAACAUUGCUUGGUUUUUACCCUCUUAAGGUGCUUCCUUCCAAAACCGCUAUCGCCCCUGUUAACCCAACAUUCCUUCCCCGGUCUGAGGUUGAGCGUGAGAUGUGCGUGAGGACUGUUUACUGUACCAACAUUGACAAGCGGGUUAGUCAAACUGACUUGAAAGGCUUCUUUGAAAUGCUUUGUGGAGAGGUUCAUCGUCUGAGGCUUGGAGACUAUCACCACCAAACCCGCUUCGCUUUUGUUGAGUUUGCCAUGGCGGAGAGUGCAAUUGCUGCUCUUCACUACAGUGGUGUUGUAUUGGGAGCACUCCCAAUAAGGGUAAGCCCAUCAAAGACACCAGUAAGGCCGCACCUUCACCGCGAUGAGUGCAAAUGAAAUGAUGGCAAAGCUCUUGCUGGAGAUCCCAAAAGAUAUAUAUAUAGAAAAAGAGAGAGAAAGCAUGUGGAGAAGUCUAAAGAAGAAGAAGGUAUUUGAGGCGUUUUAGUCUUUUAUUUUUAAGUUAACUUCCCAGUCGCAGCAGAGCCUGCCCGGUAUCUUUGAACAACUUUUAUCUUUAACUUUCUCCUACUUUCUUUAAGUCUCCAGAAACAAAGAUUGGCUUCGUUUUUUUCUUUUGUUAUUGUUAUUGUCCAAGUACCCUUUUGGAUAUUUUUAUUGAACUAUCUAAGACAUUUGGAGCA